AUGAUCUCCGCCGCCAAGACCUUCAUCACCCAGCUGAAAGCUUCCCCGGCACUCCUCCAUGAUCCGGAGCUUUCCUUUCUCAAAGACUAUCUCGUCUCUCUGGGCGCCACGCUCCCCCCUGCUGAAACCGCUUCCAACUCUAAACCCGGAAUGCGUACCAUCUCCUCUCUUGCCGACCUGGACGCUCUCUCCGCCGAAGUUGGCUCCAAGCCUAUCAUCGCCGACUUCUACGCCGACUGGUGCGGUCCGUGCAAAGUAAUCGCCCCCUUAUUCAAGACACUUUCCGAAAAGCACACCAACGUUGUCUUCGCCAAAGUCAACGUUGACCUUGCCGAAGACGUCGCCCGCAAGUAUGACGUGAGCUCCAUGCCCACUUUCAUCGUCCUCGUCAACGGAGAGCAAGUCGCCCAAACCAUUGGUGCCGUGCCCGCCAAACUGGAAGCCAUGGUCGAGAAGGCUGCCGGGGGCGUCACGGCCGAUGAGGAUGAGGGUGAAGCCACCCCCGUGCCCGACCCGGAGCCGCUGGACGACAUGGAGGAAGAGGCCCGCAAGGACGAGGAAGCCGAACGCGACCUCAUUCAGCAUCUUGAGAAUGACGCCGACGUGCUCCCCGAGGACCAGCGCGAUGUCAACCCUGCUGAAGUUCCCAUGGGUGCAUUUGACGUCGAGCUGUCCGAAGCGGACAUGGACAAGCAGAUCGAGCUCAAGGGAAAGGCGUCUGGGCUUGUCGCGUCGGGUGAUCUACAAGGAGCGAUCGCCGUAUGGAAUGAGGUGAUUGCAAUCUCGGCGUCGCCGCUGACGCUCGCCAAGCGGGCCGACGUGUUUCUCAAGCUCAAGCAGCCGCAUGCCGCGAUCCGCGACUGCGACAAGGCGCUGUCGGCUAACCCCGACUCUGCGAAGAGCUUGAAGAUUCGAGGGAUGGCGUAUCAUUUGCUCGGGGACUGGGAGCAGGCGGCACAUUCGCUACAAAAAGGGAACGGUUUGGAUUAUGAUGAGACAGCGGGGGAGGUGCAGAGGGUGGUGGAGGAGAGGUGGAAUAAGAUUCGCGAGUUCAGACUGCAAAAGGAGGCCAGGGCUAGGGAUCGCGACGUGAAGAAAAAGGCACAGGUUAAGGCGGCAGCGAGGGCGGCCGCUAUCCGCGAGUAUGAGGCACAGAAGAAGGCGGACGAGGAGGCCGCUUCAAGCGGUAGCCGAGGUAUGCCUGGAGGUAUGCCUGGUAUGCCUGGAGGUAUGCCUGGUAUGCCUGGAGGUAUGCCUGGUGGCAUGCCUGGUGGUAUGCCGGGUAUGCCCGGUGGUAUGCCGGGUAUGCCUGAUGGUAUGCCGGGUAUGCCCGGUGGUAUGCCUGGAGGGAUGCCUGGAGGGGCGCCUGGAGGGACUCCUGGGGGCGCGCCCGACGCCGAAAGCGUAGAAAAGAUGCUGGACGGACUGGACCUACCUGCUGAUGUCCAAGCCAAGAUGGAUGAUCCCGCGGUGAAAGAGAAGCUCAAGACAGUGUUCACAGAGCUGCAGGGCAACCCGACAGCAGCAAUGGGGACUGCGAUGAAGUACAUGGGCGACCCGGACGUCGGGCCGAUCCUGGGGGCGGUGAUGAAGUCGAUGAUGGGCGGCAUGGGAGGGGGCAUGGGAGGAAUGCCGGGUGGUAUGCCGGGUGGUAUGCCAGGUGGGGCGGCGCCUGGUGCGGGGCCGGGAGAGUUUGGCACUGAUGAGGUUGAUUAAUAAGCAAAGGGCAGUUCAGGUUGAGGAAGAUUUUGGGCUUGUAUCUAUUAAAUGCUUGCCAAGAUCUGACGUUGGGUCGUUUACCGUAGAAUUGGUAGAAUAAUCUUGCUGCGAUUGCCUGCGCACAGCACAAUAGUGUACCCGCUCUAGCUAGGUACAGCACUACAAAGCUCAGCUGCUGGAUCUAUGAA